AUGUCGGGAGCGGCGGGGCCGGGUCCGCCCGCCGGGCCUGGCCGCUCCCCGCUGCCCUGCGCCCCCCGCCCCGCCGCCCCCCUCCAGCUGGCCGGGGGGGCCGAGCCCGUACGGCCCGGCGUCGCCGUCAUCGACCUCCGCUUCCCCCGCGGUGCUGCUGCCGACGUGCAGGAGAUCGUGUUCAGGAACUUCUACACGGCGUUCCUGAGCGUGCGGGUGCAGCGGCCCGGCCCCGGCGGCUCCCGGCGCUGGAUGACCUGCCUGCGGGACCUGUGCCUGAUGCCUUGCCCACACACCGAGGAGGGCUCCCAGGACUACUUCUGCCUCCACCGGCACCAGAUGCUGUGUGAUGUGGACCAGGUGACAGCAAUGCGGUUCAUCCUGCGACAGCCCUCCCCAGUUUGGCUCCACUUCACCAUCGAAGACCUGCAGAUUUUCCCCCCUGGACAGAAGAGUCCUCAGAAGGAUUUUCCCUCCUGGCUCUCCCAGCUGACCCCUCCGGAGCAACCAGCCAGCCUGCAUGGGGAGCUCCCUGAUCCAGAGAAGGUGUCAACAGAGGUCCAGCAAAUGUGGGUGCUGACAGAGGUCAUCCGGGCUCGCCAGGCAGCUGCCCGCAUCGGGCGCUUCGACGUGGAUGGCUGCUAUGAUAUCAACCUGCUUUCCUACACCUGAGCCCACUGGUGCUGGUGCCAGCUGGGGAGAAGUGCCCCUUCCAUGCUCCCGGGGCCUGAGUGGACUCCUGCAUUCCCGCUUCGGCCAUUGACCCCGCGGGGAUCCCAAACCCUCCCUGUGCCCUAUCCCUGACUCCCUCUGCUCUGCCCAGCAGCGAGGGGCAGCGCUGCCGCUCCAGAGACCCCUGGGAACCUCUCCUGGGCACGUCCCGUGGGCAGAGCCCGGACACUGCAAGGGGGCGCGUGGGGACCGAGGGGUGCGGGGGUGCUGGAGGGGUAACCACUAAAAGCUGCUACGUUGGC